UCCUCUAUCUUUUUCUUGUUUCCAAUUUCGACUUUCAACAAUGGGUGAAGGCCCAAAGCCAAAUUUUGGUGAUCCAAUCUUGAGGACAAUUCAUUCAUUUCCUGCCAAUGCCACACGACAUGAUCAAUGGGCAGUUAUGGAUGCUGAUGAAGAUUUUCAUGGCUCUCCCACUACAUCCUCCUCAGAAGUUUCAACUGCUUCCAUUGCUUCAUCUUCUUUAGACUAUGCAGAAGAUGCCUCUUCCUCGAGUUCACAGUCAUCAUCAGACUCAUCACCUCCGAUGCUGAACGAGCCUCUGUAUGAAUUAUCUGAGGUGAUGGCCCAACUUCCUAUCAGGAGAGGACUUUCCAAGCAUUACCAAGGCAAGUCUCAAUCCUUUUCAUCUUUAUAUGAAGUCAGCUGCAUAGAAGAUCUCGUUAAAAGAGAAAAUCCUCACAGAAAGAAAACGAAGUCAUGUGGGUUAUUUUAUACCAACAAAUCUUUCACUCCUAAAGCUUUCAUAUCAAAGAAGACCUCAAGGACAAUUUUAUCAAAGAACUCCUUAGGUAAAAGGAAUAGCUUCACGGGUAGCUGUAGGGCGCCUCCAGUUCCUGUACAGAGGAACUCGUGA